AUGUCAAAUAGUCUUUCUCCAAGCAAACAGUCUACAAAAAGUACUCCCUUACAAAUCACCAAAAAGGAUGAUAUGAAGUAGAUAUUUAAAAAUUAGGUAGACAGUCUAAAAAUAAUUAGACAAACUUUAGGAGAAGUUUAACAAUUAAAUAAAGUGAGUCAAUUAAAAUACAAACAAGUAAAAGAAAAUUAUGAGCUACAAUUACCUAAUCUCAAGAAAAUAAGAAAGGAUCUUGAUGUUAUUCAUAAAUCAAUUGUGAAAGUAUUAGUAAUUGAAGAAAGAAUAGAAUAAAUUAAGCAGGUUAGAGAGGAAUAAUCUAAAAUUGAGCAAUAACCAAUACAAUAAAAUAUCUAAGCUUAAAAUAUUUAAGCUGAAGAAAAUAUAUAAUAAAUAUGA